GCGGCAGCAUUGUAGGCGCGACACUGCGUGCUCGAGACCGACCCUCUUCGAGCUUUUGUAUUCGUUUUGUGAUUGUCACAAGGUCUCGCUGAAACCGAGCGGUCAAGUGUCCUCGUCGAUGCAAUGCACCCCGUGGAUGUGAGUUAUUUUCGGUUCUUCAGCAAUGGCGUCUUUUCUAGACCAAUGUGAGACAAAAUGGUGCUCUAUGGCUUCAGGGCCGAGGGAUUGCGUUUCUCAAGCCUCUUUCGGACUUGGGAGGGGGACCUAGGGUUGCUUGUUCUGUGAGGUGGAAUGACGAUCGGGUGCGUGCUUAAUAGUGGAGCAAAUUUUGUGAACGGGUCUUGUGAGUUUGUCGGUUUCUAGGGGCCAGUAGUUUUUUAAUUUUUUUUUGUUGUAAAUUGUUUUUUGGGGAUUGUGACGAUGAUGAAGAGAUCCCUAUCUGUCGUGUGGAACUUUUUGAAGUUUAAAUAAUGUGGAGUGGGUGAGAGGUUUAGAAAUAUCAGGAAUUGCAUUAUCAGAGAGAUUUUCAAGCAGCAGUCAGUUUGCGCAGAGAUUAAGUUAUGGUGUUUCAGAGGCUACAUUUUUCCAUAGAGACAGGGUUGUGGUGUGAAGUCGUCGCGAGAAGGGGAGUAUUGGUAGUAUUGUAAAAUAAGAUUUUUAGUACGAUUUUAUUUAUUUAUUUAUUUAAUGUUUUAAUGUCUUUUAUUUGUAACAUUAUAACUAUUUUUUGAUUUAUUUUUGGGAGUGAUUUCUCAUGGCGUUUAAGUGCGAGAUCUCAUUCUUUUAUCAUAUCGACUGUCCUCUUUCUGGGGAAAGUCUUUUACAGUCGUACAUUGGUUCCAGUUGUGGAAUUGCGGCAUCUUCUAGCUCAACGAUGUUGCCUUCUGCCUGAGCUACAGUGAGUUAGGACACCAGAGGAUUCCAGAUUUGCGUUCAUGAUGCUUAAGGAUAUGGUUUAAGUGACUCUUACAUUGAUUUGAAAAUUUUAUGAAGACGGCACGCCUUGAACUUUCCGUGAGAACACCGAAGUUUACAAUGGCUUCUUCAAUGGGUUACAAACUUCCCAGGCGUUGGGAGAUUUCAAUGUGUAUUUUAAAUAGGUUGUAUUCCCUCGGAGAUUUAUUUCUUGGCAACAUUUUUGACUACGAAAGUGCAAGACUGAGUAAGUAUUGAAUGUGUCGAGAUGUGCUUGAGAAUAGUAACAUAUUUUGUUUAUCAUAUUAUUUUUCAAUCGUGUGUCAGGUUUUUGGUUUGCAAGUAUUGAAGGAAUGGCUUGUGUGAAGCUGACAAAGAGACAAAUUAGGUCAUUUGCAUCAACCAAGUGUUACUCUUCCUACGCUUGGAGCAACUCACACUGGUCGUUGCGCUGUCGUACGUGAAGAGAAUGUCCAGUCUUUGUUUCAAUUAUCAUCUGCCCAGAAGCAUGUGAAUUGGGCCUAACAUUCCAAAAUGGACGGAUCUAACGUUUCGACGAUCGGCGACGGUUUACCCGCUGAUACUGAGAGUAGUAUCUCGAAACUUGAGGACAUUCCUCAAGGGGGUCCCUUCAAAAUUGGUCUAGGGAAAAAAUUAGAAAGUCGUAGGAGCAGAGUGCAAAGGUUACCCCAUGUAGGAGGGGGCAAUGGUCGUACUUUUGAUCUAGAGGACAUAGCGUCAGGAUCGAAUGGCUCGCACGUCACUAGCACAGAUAGGGCAUGCCGGGUGACAGUGACCAUAAUUGCUGCAAAAGACUUGAAGAGAAGUACAAUUGGACCCGAAGCAAGGGACCCUGUUUUCAAAGUGCGAGUGGAAGAAACAGUGAGAAAAUCAAAAGACCUCAAGACUGGCGUCAAUCAGGAUGGAACGCUGGAUGUGAACCAGAGUUUUACAUUUGAUGUUAGAGAGUUAAAGAGUGCGCAAAUAACGCUUCAAGUUGUGGCAAGAGGAGUGCUUGGCAUUGAAGAAGCUCUUGGACACAUCAAUCCUUUGUGUGUACUUAAUUUGCUUGAGGAGCAAGGUGGCCGAAAGGAUGUGGAAGCGAAGUGGUAUGAUCUCUAUUCCAAAAGCGCCAAUAGAAUCAUGCCUGGGAAGCUCCACAUGCAGAUUAUUGUUGGUAUGGCAGAUCCAGAGCAGACUAUUUCAGCGUUUGUGGGCACCUGGAAUGUUGGAAACGCUCGCCCUCCCCCAGAUCUGUCUCCUUGGUUACCUACUGAUGCCUUUUUCGAGAUCGUUGCUAUAGGCACUCAGGAAUGUGACUACCAACCCCGUGCUCCAUUCACCGAGUGCAGCAAGGAUUGGAUCCACACAUUGAAAUCGCACUUUGGUGAGCGCUAUAAGCUUGUUCAUGCAACAUCACGUGGGCAGAUGCGACUUGUGGUCCUUGUUCGAGAUGAUGCUGAAAAGGCAAUUUCCGAAGUAGAUAGUGAUAGUGAAGCGACGGGGGUAGGCAAUGUUAUGGCCAAUAAAGGAGGUGUUUGCAUUGCGUUCAAAUUCUGGGAUACAGGUUUGUGUUUCGUGAAUUGCCACUUAGCUGCUCAUGUUGGACAGUGCGAGACACGCAACAGCAACUUUAGACAGAUCGCAAUGUCAAUGCGGGUUGGGUUACAAAGUAUGGACCUACUCAGUCAGUUUCACCAUAUAUUUUGGCUCGGGGACCUCAAUUACAGGCUGGACUUUGGGAAUCUAGAGCCCCAAGGACUUACUCCUGAUCGGACAUUCUGGGCCACAAUUGUGAAGCAAAUUCAUGCCAACAGAUGGAAAGAUCUUCUCAAGUACGAUGAGUUACGGAAGGAGAGAGCUGCCUCACGCAUCCUAGCUGGUUUCAAGGAAGGAGAAAUAACAUUCCCCCCUACUUUUAAAAUGCAGAGGGAUUACUUAGAUCAUUAUGAUCAGAAACGGAUGCCUGCUUGGUGUGAUCGGGUGUUAUGGAAAACCUUGCAAGGAUGUCACUCGUACCUCAUUUCUUACUUUUCUGCGUCCAGCAUCGUUACCAGUGAUCACAAACCAGUAGGAGCAACGUACAAGUUGACAUCAUACGCAUUACCUUCGUCUACGUUUGUUCCGGACGGUACUGAUGAGGAUGAUAAGAGGUGGCAUAUACGGUUUACUUCUCUGCGAGCUAAGAAAUUGCGUGCCUCUGACAUAAAUGGAUUCUCAGAUCCGUUUGUCUCGUUUGUGGGCCCCAAUCUAUUACAAGAAUUUCAUUCAAAAGUGAAACACCAAACUCUGAAUCCUGUAUGGAAUCCGUUCCAGGAACUGCCUACACUGGUUUUGAGUACGUUCCCCCUGCAACGAGUGGACAAAGAGUACCUACUAGUACGUAUUCUUGACCAUGAUUCAGACGAAGAUGCACUAGGCUAUGGAGUGAUUCCCUUGGGUCAAGCCGUGGCCUGCUUCAAGAAAGGUUUCUUAGAGGUUGCACAAUUUAAGGUUAAUCUUACUCAUCAUGGUUUACCAGCGGGUACAUUAGAAGGGGGCAUGAAACUCACUUGGGAGAAAAACGCGAUUAAGAAAAAAGAUUAUUCAGUAGACUUUUCUAGUCGAGGAACUAGUAUCAGAGAUUCUCUGAAAAAGAAAAUAUUUGUUAGAAGACCUAGCCCCAAAUAGUAAAGGCCAAAGUUGCAAUUUCUCUCUCCGCAACGUUCCCGUGACUUGCUCAGCAGUCUAAAUGUGUGUAAACUUUUCUGUCAAUCUUACGUUUGGAAUUGGUUAACA